GAAUAUCACCCCAUGUCGCAAUGGGUCAGUCCGGCCAAUGAAAAGGAAGAAAACUGAAACUGGGGAUUUCCAAGUCCUUGGGAUUUCCAAGGAAUACGGGAAGUCAAGAUUGCACCCAUUGCUGAAAUCGGGCAAAUAUUGCAUCGCUUGGUGACAUCAGUGGUGGAAUCAGAACACAACGGCCAGCUAGAUACCAUUGUAGAGUGAAUUCGAACGGGGUGCAGAACUGCAGAUUGAUGUGGACAGACUUUUCACGCUUCACAUAGGAUCCACAGAUACACGUUCAAGUCAUUACCCCAGAGAAAUGGCGACAUCAAUCGCGAAAGAGGAAGCUAAUAAAGCAGCACCAGUCCAGAUCCAAACCUUCGUGUUCUUGGAUCUGGAAACAACUGACCUCAGAACUGGCCUGGAAGAAGACGAACCCCAGAUCACGGAGAUCAGUCUGGCGGCGGUUCGCCGUGACCAGCUCCUGAGUGGCACCACCGUGCCGCCAGGGGGCGCCUCGCUACCCCGAGUCAUGGACAAGUUCACGGCCUGCGUUCGACCAACCCAGGCCAUCCACCCCAAAGCCGCCGAGAUCACCAACCUGACAAACCAGAGCUUGGGAAAACAUCGUGUAUUCGACGAAGAUCUGAUGAAAUCGCUGGUGCACCUGUUAAACCGCCAGGAACCACCAGUAUGCCUGGUAGCACAUAAUGGCGAUUGGUUCGACUUCCCGGUUUUGAAGUCGGAGCUGAGGAGAUCCAAAACCGCGGGUCUGUUUCCGAAGGAUGUCCUCUGCGUGGACUCAAUGCUGGCCAUGAAGCACCUCUAUGCAGGUCAGUUCAGAAGUUUCAGCCUCCCGAGACUUCACGAAAACUUGUUUAGCGUUGCACCUCCGCCAGAGGUCGCUCAUACCGCAGAAGGCGAUGUGAUCACCAUGGUCAAGAUUGUGAAGAAGCUGGGAGCUGAAAAGAUCAUACAGUGGAUGGACGAAAAAGCCAGUGCCUUUGCUAUUUAGUGUUUUAUAGUCUACGGGUUUGUCCGGGCGUAGUGAACCCAGAAACAUUCCUUUCAUUGAAUGUUUUUUUUAUAAUAUAACUUCGUACAAAAGAUGAGCUUGAUAACUAUACAGGCAAAUCAUUUCUGAUUAAAUCGCUGGUAACAGCUUUGCUAGAAUCAUAAGUUUAACUUUUAGAGCGUCAUCGCAGUGCAUAUCCAUAACGCUUCAUGAAUGUGUGUGGCCUUACAGCGGCAUGUACUGAUUUUAGAUUCUUGGAUAGUUUUUAGGACGGAUGUCAAAUAUGUUUAAUCAAUUAUUGUAACAUUAGUGCGCUCAUUCUCUUUGGGCGAAGUUUUAGGACGUAGUACAUAACAUUUAGGAUGUUUUAGGAUCGUAGUGAAUAUCAAUCAUGGAUUAUAAAUGAGCGUUCCAUUAGUGCUCACAUUUACUUAUUUUGGUAAGUUUUUAGGACGUAGUGCAUACUAAUUGUGAUAGAUUUACUUACUAUUGUUUAGUCAACGUUUACGAAGUACAUGUAGUAUAGUGAGUAUAAAGUAUAGUUAAUAAAUGAGUCUAACAUUAGAGCUCGCAUUUACUUAUUUCUGGACAGGAAGUGAUACAAACAUUUUAGGGGUAUGUAUGUUAUAUUUGGGCGGAGUGUUUUUGUAGACUUGGGUCUCUUGUUAGGAUAAACUUUAGUUUUACCACGCGCGCACAUUUUCAUGACCUUUAUCAAUCUAUAAGGCAUUAUUAAUCAGUGGAAUGAACUCUAGUAACCCGUAUGCCUUUUUACCACGUGCACACAUGUUCAUGACCUUUAACAAUGUCUCAGGCAUCAGUGGGAUGACCUCUAGUAACCCCUGUGUCUUUUUACCACGUGCGCACAUGUUCAUGACAUUUAACAAUGUCUCAGGCAUCAGUGGGAUGACCUCUAGUAACCCGUGUGCCUUUUUACCACGUGCACACAUUUUCAUGACCUUUAACAAUCUCAGAGGCAUGUAUUAAUCAGGAAGAUGAAUUCUAGUAACCCGCGUGUCUGUGUUCCAGCAAGCCAGCGUGAUUGAUGAUCCGACCGCCACCCAAAACGUGCCAUACGUGUCAUACGACUUGAUAUGAAAAGUACAUUGUAAGGAAUGUGUACGGAAUAAGCAUAAAUCAUCGAGACAUAACAAGGAAGCAAGGAUAAUUAGCGACUGUUGUUUGAGUACAGGAACUAGCAUUAGCUCCUCACGGUACUCAACCAACAGGAGAUAAUUUAGUCAUUUGCAUCAACCUUGAGUUGACUUCGUCUUACACUUAUUUCCCAUUGGA